AUGCCCAGUACCUCCACACUAGCUUUCUGGAGCAUAUGCGCCCGCGCCUGGCUGCCCGCAUUCCUAUUUCGACCUCGCGCCAUGAUUGUCGUCGGUGUGCCUAACCACACAUAUCGGCGUGGAGACGAUGGCGAGGCGAGCCCACUGCAGCCAGAGCGGACGGACAGUUUUGGACGCUUCGCGUUUGUGGGCUCAGGAACUCAUUCCCACUGCCCAUAUGCUUGCUCCUUCGUCAUCUCAGUCACCACCUCCAGGCUCCUCGUGCCCUCCAAAUGCAAACGGACCCGCCAAACCCUCCCAUCCUGGCUCGCGCAGCAUCUCCGCAAAGCGGCACAGACACUUCCGUCGACUCACUCGUCCGCGCUGUCCUGUCUGCAGGCAGCACGACCUCCUUGGCGCGCAAAUAAUGCUCGCCGUCAAGGUUGGAGACCUUCCCAACGCCUCUGCUCGUUUGCGGACGGUGCUUGUUUUCCAUCCCCAUUACACGCUCUUGGUGGACAAGACCAGCCCGCCCUCCCCUCCCUCGUGCUUUCCUUCUACUUUUGGCGGCGCCGGCAUGUCACCCUGCGAAAAUCACAUACCCCGCCCAAUAUCACCCCUCCGAGUGUAUCUAGCGUAGUACACCUCCACGCUCCUAUCAUGCGACUUCUUCUGUCAAUUCGAGCCAGCAAAACCUCAUCUUUCGCAACGAAAUCAUUUCCGCCUCAGCGUAACAGCGACUACACUUUCGUGGACACUGCGGCCAUCACAGCUUCUUCAACUUCGCCCACACACCUCAAUUAUAAUCCCCUGCUCGCAUUUCAUCCCUUCCCCGUCCUCCCCGCCCAUUUCUGCGCCGUCGGCAUGCAAUCGGUGCUGACUUCCCAAAAUGGCAAGUCACGUGCCAACGCGCUGACCGAAAGGCAGGCCCAUAUCUCGCAGAACCCGGCAGCUGGCGCUCUAUGGAGUGCAUCUCCGUGUACCACAUAUCUUGCCCCUACUACUCAAUUCUUGUUGUCCCGCCAUUCGAGGGGGAAGGUCGCCGCUGAGCACAUUUUCUUCUGCAGCCAUAUGGGAGGCAUGGGCGACGUUUCUUCGUCGAACGGCGACAUGAGCGUCGGGGAAGAUGAGUGGAGCGAUGGGCAAGGGUCGGGAGAGCCUGGGAGCUCGGGCUGA